AAAAGAAGUUUUCUUCCUCCGUCCGUGAAGUCGAACAGCAAGUAAGCGACGCGAUCCUGUAUCCGGGGCACAAUCAGCCCCCGCUCGAAGCCUGGCUGCAGAAAUCUCCGAUCUUCUUCCGCCACUACUGCAAACUCCCGCUCUUCUUCGACGCCGAUGUCAAGCGAAGCCGAAAUCUUCAAGAUCGAACCAGGAUUCGCAUGUCACGCGCAAACCCCUGGCACACAGCAAACCACACAAGACUCCGGGUCCCGGUCAACUACGCAGCGGCAAAUCCCGCAACCGCUGCUGCCAGCUGGGUCAGCAAGUCAGCAGGGACAACCCGGAGCGGUGCCUGUGCACCAAAGCGGAAAAAUGCCAGGAAAUCCAGUCGACGUCGAGUACAUGAAGAUGUGGUAUCCCGAAACGGCUGGAAAAAUUGAGAAGGAGUUGGACGACAAGCAGGCACAAAUCGCGAAAUUGCAAGAGCAAGUCGAGUUGUACAGGCAGACGUCGCAGAAAUUGACCCAGGCGCUGCAUUCGAUGGCAAACCGGCAAACUCGAAUGCAAACGCACGGGAAGAUGCUGCAGCAAGAAAUGCUGCAACUGUUUUAUGACGACAAGAUUACUAAAGACGAUUGCCAAGCUAAUCCUUUGCUUCUCGACUGCUUAUACAGCCAAAUCUGGUAUGAGUACUCUGAUUACAGCACUCAAAUUUUAAAAAAAUUUCACAUAUUCUUUUCAAGUAGUGAAAAAUUUUUUUCUUCAAGCGGGGGGAUGGAUGUAGCGACGGGUGUCCAUAGAAACCGUCUGCGCACCAUUCUCACCGUGUUCGAAGCGCAAAAUAGCAUUACAGAUUUGCGAGGACAACGCGAAAAGAUCUUUUCUCCGCAGCAACAAACUCCACUCAACAAUGAAAAAUGAAGUAGAUCACGAAAUUCCUCUUGUGUGCGAAAAAAUGAAGCAGCAGUUUUCCAACACUAGAAAUUGUAAUCUGGACUUCAUUGCACGCGAAAUUGACGAGGCAAAAACAAUGACGAUGAAUUUGUGUUCCUUUCAGAAACCAUUUCGAACCCAAAAACAGUUAGGAACUUUGAGACUACGACGUGCCGCAAACUGCACUGUGCACGCCUGUAAAUCUUGAAGCGACGACAUCUAUGAUAAGAACUGGA